UGUAGUGGGCGAGUCCUGCAUCUUUCACCACGGUGGUUGUGAGCGAAGGGGAAAUCAUGUGAUUUUCUCUUAGUUAGAAGAUCAAAAUUGUCCUAAUCCCAUUCUGUAUAACUGUGGAAGAGUUUAGUAAUAGAGUGGUACCUGGAGGUUGUACAAGAUGAUGCAAGCGCAGGAUUGGAGGAUAACUGCUGAAGAUCGGGCUAAACAUGAUGCCCAGUUCUACCAACUCAAGCCAGUCAGCGGGUUUAUCACCGGAGAGCAGGCAAGGGGGUUCUUUCUCCAAUCUGGCCUCCCUAAGAAUGUCCUUGGCCACAUUUGGAACCUUGCGGACAUGAACGGCGACGGGAAGAUGGACAAGCAGGAAUUCUCCAUUGCCAUGUACCUCAUCAAGAGGAAACUUCAGGGGACGGAGCUUCCCAGCACCCUCCCCCCGUCACUCAAGCAACACCCUAGUCCUAGUAUGGGAGGAGGAUUCGGCGGGUCCUUCUCCAUGGGUAUGAGCACAAUGACUGGCGUAGCACCCGUGCAGUCGACGGUUGGCAUGGUAACCAUGGGAGGAAUGGGAACCAUGCAACCUGUGGCUGGUUCCGUAGCCACAGGGCAAGGGAGUUUCAAUACCCUACCGGCCAGGAGUAGCCCCAUGGUAUUAUCAGGAAUGACCAUGGGAACAACCAGUCAAAUGCUUGGACAGUCUGGUCCCGCUGGAUUCCAAGGCAUACCACGAUCUGCGACCCUGCCCCACACUGCCACCCAGCCAAUACAGGGAUCACCAGAAAGGUCAGCAUCCAUGACCUCAAGCCCUGAGUGGUCUAUUCCCCAUGGUUCUAAACUGCGUUACAAGCAGACCUUCAACACAAGCGACAAAACACGCAGCGGGUUCCUGACUGGCCCCCAGGCUAGGCAGAUACUUGUUCAGACCGGCCUACCACAGGGAAUACUGGCACAGAUAUGGGGUUUAGCUGACAUAGACAAUGAUGGGAGACUCACUCAGGAUGAGUUUUGCGUCGCCAUGCAUCUUGCCGAUAUGGCCAAAUCCGGCCAGACCCUCCCUGUUACGCUCCCUAUGCACCUGGUACCCCCGUCCUUCCGCAGGGCUAGAUCAGGUAGCGCCACAGGCACCAGCAGCGGUCAGAUAGCAGGACCUAUGAGUACCACUAUAGCUCCCAGUAUGGGUGGUAUGGCUCCCAGUAUGGGUGGUAUGGCUCCCAGUAUGGGUGGUAUGGCUCCCAGUAGGGGUGGUAUGGCACCCAGUAUGGGUGGUAUGGCACCCAGUAUGGGUCCCAUGCAACCUGCUAUGGGAUCUGUGAUGGGUAUAGGGUCCAUGCCAGCUACGGGUGGGAUGAUGAUGCCCAUAGCGGCACCUUUGUCUCCUGGGUUACCACAGCAACAGAGCCUGGAUGAGCAAGCACCAAUUGAAGAGCCAUCAAUGCCAGUAUCUUUUGAGGACAAGAAGAAGCAGAACUUUGAGAAGGGGCAGAUGGAGUUGGAGAGAAGACGAGCAUUGCUGAGAGAGGAACAGCAAAGAGAAAAGGAUCGUCAACUUCAAAUUGAGAAGCAAGAGCAAGAAAAGAAGGAGAGGAUUAGAAUGGAACAAGAGAGGAGGCGCCAGAUGGAGCUUGACAAGAUGUUGGCACGGCAACGGGAGUUGGAAGCAGAGCAGGAGGAACAACGACGUAAGAUGAUUGAACAGCGGGAGGCUGCUAGACGUGAGUUAGAGAGACAGCGGCAGCUGGAGAUUCAACGGCAGAGACGUCAAGAGCUGGAAGCUCAGAGAAUCCGACACCAAGAAGAUGUCUGUCAUCUCAAAUCCAAGAGCAAGACCUUGGCCUGUGAGCUGGAGACCUUGGAGGAUAAAAAGAAUAGUUUAAACAAGCAACUUAGUGACACCAAGAACAUAGUGACUGAGCAUCAUACAACCAUCAUCUUAAUGGGACAGACACGAGAUGCCAAAGUGGCUGAAAUAGAAAGCCUGCAAAAAGCCAUCCAGGAGCAAAGGCAAAUAAAACUGAAUUUGGAUAAACAGAAAGAUGACAUCUCGGAUAAGGCCAAGAAAUUAGGCAUUGACAGUCAUGUCUUUGAGAAUCACCGCACCGUCAUGCACAGCUUGACCACUAAGAAGACCACAGUAGAACGGCUACGAGACCAACUCAAGCAACACGAGAGUGCUAUGGAGUCAACGCUGAUAGAUGUGGACUCCAAGAACACCAAAAUAGCUGAGCUGAAGGAGCAAAUUCCCAAGGAGCAAGCAGAGAUUGAUCACUUGACGACCCUACACCAACAAGCAGCAGUUGACAACAGACGGAUGCAGCAAGUAGCUGCUGAGAAAGAGCAAAAGAUGAAGCUGGCUGUAGAACAGCAAAGGAUCAGGGAGGAGAAUCAACGAAAGGAAGAAGAGGAGAGACGAAGGCAGGAGCAGAUCCGACUGGCUCAGCAGAAGGCAGAGCAAGAAGCAGAGAAGAAAAGACAAGAAGACGAGAAGAAGAAGAAAGCUCAAGCUGCCCCUUCCAUUGACCUGUUUGCUAGUUUUGGAAGCAGUACUGAUGAUCCAUUCGCAAGCACUGCAGCUGUUGAGAAAACAUCCGCAGCCAAACCAUUAGACCCAUCUGACCCCUUUUCAGCUUUUACAGGACCCACAGCUGCCACCAAAGCUUCCACUGACAAGGAGGACCCUUUCGGAGCAUUUGCAGAUUUUUCAAAUGCCACGUUUGAUUUCGGCUCAACCAAGGAGGCUCCAAAGCCGACAUCGCAGCCCAGUGUAGCCCCCAAACCAGCCCCCAAGCCAGCCCCAGCACCAGCACCAACCCCCAAACCAUUACAGCCGUCCACGGAUGUCACCCCCUUGACGUCUACAGUCAGUGCCACCACUGCACAGACCACCAAAGCGGAGAAGCCACCGGUUACUGCACCCAAGCCCAGUGUUAACCAUGACAGUGGGGUACCGACCAAAUCACCGGUGAUCAAGACCUCAGGUGUACUCUUCAUGCGCUACAGGGCAUUAUAUCCAUUUCAAGCAGAAACUCCUGAAGAAUUGACAAUCAACCCAGGAGAUAUCGUCAUGGUUGGUAAAAGUGAGAAUGCUGAACCUGGAUGGUUGGGAGGAGAACUAAAUGGUAAGACAGGAUGGUUUCCAGAGAACUACGCCGAGAGAAUAGAUGACGAAGAGGUCAAACCCACUAAUGACCUUGGUUGGGCCAGCUUCAGCAAUUCAAGUAGUACCAGCCAGACAGAUGUCAUUAAACCAGAAACGACAUCUUCCACUGAAUCAGCGCCAGCUUCCUCGGCAUUCAGUCAGCCUUUCAAAUCCUCGCCUUUCACCCCAGUGGCGACCCAGCCAGCCCCGUCACCAACACCAACACCAGGACAGGGCAAGAUACUGCAAGACGGUGUGAAGGCUGAAGCCUUGUAUGACUGGGAAGCUAAGAAGGACAAUCACCUGUCCUUCCAGAAGGGAGACAUCUUGACUGUAAAGGAGCAACAAGAUUUGUGGUGGCUUGGUGAGUUGAACGGCAAACAAGGAUGGUUCCCCAAGACUCAAGUCAAGCAACUACCUGAAGACAAACCAGCUCCUGCAGCAGCGACAGGUUUGUCUGUCUCCAUAGCAACUGGCUCUGUUGCUGCCAUUGCAUCAUCACUGUUUGGGAAUGUAUCAUCGACAACUACCAGCACUGUCAAGCCUGCCAUUUCCCCAACACCUGGAGCUGCCCAACCUCAACAGAGUGAAGAAUACGUAACGAUAUUCCCUUACAACUCGGACGAAGCAGGUGAUUUGCAGUUUACAGCUGGUGAGACAGUUACAGUUACUAAGAAGGAUGGUGAAUGGUUAACAGGGACAAUUGGGGACCGUCAAGGCAUCUUUCCAGCCAAUUGUGCUCAGCCUAAGAGCAGCGCCCAAGUCCAAGCAACAGAACCAGUAAUCAACUCGCUGGAACCACCCAGUCACCUGUCUAUCGAUGAGGUGGUUACGAAGUUUCCUUACUCGUCAGACCAGCCCGGUGAUCUGACCUUUGAAGCCGGCGUGACUAUCGUUGUAACUAAAAAGGAGGGGGAUUGGUGGACGGGCAAGCUUGGAGAUCAGGAAGGGAUAUUUCCAGCCAAUUAUGUCACUCCUAAGGAAGGAGGAGACAAACCAGUAACCAUGCCAACCACUCCAGCUGUUGCCGUGACACCAGACGAGACAGCUAAGACAUCGUCACUUACCCGCAAACCAGAGAUAGCACGAGUCAUUGCCCCGUACACAGCAACAAGUGCAGAGCAGCUGAGUUUGUCUCUUGGCCAGCUGAUUGGCGUCAGGAAAAAGAAUCCCAGUGGUUGGUGGGAGGGAGAGCUUCAGGCACGCGGCAAGAAGAAACAAAUUGGUUGGUUCCCUGCCAACUACGUGCAAAUGAUGAGUAGUGGUGGCAGUGCACCGGCUACCGGUGCCUCCACGCCAACUGAACAGUCACCCAGCCAAGGGUCGAUGACUGUACCCACCCAGGGGACGGAAAGAGCCACCACGCCCACAACACCAACGCUUGAUGGAGCGUGUCAGGUAGUCACCCUGUACCCAUAUGUCAAGCAGAACGAUGACGAGUUGUCCUUUCAGAAGGGGAUGGUUAUCAAUGUGGUUAGUAAGGAGGACAAGGAUUGGUGGAAGGGGGAACUUAACGGGCUAACUGGAGUCUUCCCAGCCAAUUACGUACAGGAACUCAGCGAUGCAGGCCACACCAGUAAAGUAAACUGGACCAAAGAUCAACAUCUGUUAGAGUGUACAGCACCGAUGGAAAGACAUCGACAGGAGAGUAUUCAUGAGCUCAUCAAUACCGAACAGGCCUAUGUUGAUGAUCUAGUCCUGGCUAUUGAAGUUUUCCAGAAGCCUCUGAGUGAUUCAGGCAAGGUAGACGUACAAGAGAUGUCACGGAUCUUUGUGAAUUGGAGAGAAAUCAUACAAUGCAAUAACAAACUACUUAAGUCGUUGCGAGUUCGUAAGAAGAUGUCUGGUGAAGGCCAGCUGAUACACAUGAUUGGAGAUAUUUUAUGUGAACAGCUUCCUCGUAUGACAGCUUACAUCCGUUUCUGUAGCUGUCAGUUGAAUGCAUCAAGUUUGCUACAGCAGAGAAUUGACAGUGAUCCAGAAUUUAAAGAAUAUGUCAAGAAACUAGCUCAGGAUCCCCGGGUCAAAGGUAUGCCAGUUAGCAGCUAUCUCAUUAAGCCCAUGCAACGCAUCACUCGCUAUCCUCUACUCAUUAAAAAGAUACUGAAAUAUACAGCGGAAACACACCCUGAUCAUGCCACUAUCCGUACUGCCUUAGAGAAAGCCGAGGAGUUAUGUCAACAGGUCAACGAGGGAGUCAGGGAAAAAGAGAACUCAGAUAAAUUGGAAUGGCUGCAGGUGCAUGUAGACUGCCCUGGAUUGGCAGAGGAGUUGAUUUUCAAUUCACUGACCAACUGCCUAGGGCCAAGAAAGUAUCUACAUUCCGGGAAGCUCCAAAAGACAAAGAGUAACAAGGAGUUGUAUGCGUUUCUCUUCAAUGACUUCUUGCUGUUCACACAGCCCGUUAAACCUGGUUUACAACCAUUUGUAGCUUCUAAUAGCAAGCGAACGGUGGAAUAUCGCAUGUACAGACAACCUCUAUUUCUGAAUGAAGUUGAUGUGAAGUCGACAAAUGAUGGUGGAUCUAAUGACUUUGUCUUCAACAUCAACCACAUCGACAAGGUAUACUCGCUGCGUGCCGAGAGCACCAAUGACAAGAAUCGUUGGAUGGAAAAGAUCCAAGCAGCCUCUAAGAACUACAUCGAGACAGAGAAGAAGAAACGAGAGAAGCUGCAGAGAGCUCGUUCUAUGAGAAGCAAGGGCGUAGGAAGACUAUUGGUUGUCAUCAUUGAAGGUCACGACUUCAAACCGUCCAAUAAUAUUACAGGCCGUGCUGAUCCAUACUGUGAAGUGCGUAUGGGAUCUCAAGAGCAUCGUACCCGUGUUGUCCCAGACACUCUGAGUCCAGUCUGGGAUGCCUCGAUGCAGUUCACAGUCAAAGAUCUUGAGCAGGAUGUGUUGUGUAUCACUGUGUAUGACAGAGAUCUCUUCUCACCCAAUGAUUUUCUUGGUCGGACCGAAGUGCGUGUUGCCGACGUCAUCAAGGAGAGAAAAGGUCGGGAACCUUUGACGAAGCAGUUACUCCUCCAUGAAGUAUCUACUGGGGAAGUCCUGGUCAAAUUAGACUUACAUCUUUACGAUCAAUCAACGUGUUGAUAUAAUCCAUCCAUGACCCCCCCCCAACCCAAAUAAAAUCUGCCAAGUCCAUAAUUUUCUCUUCAACGUUAUGGCCAAGCUUGGCCUUGUAUCUCAUCAGUCUUUCAAAAUAGUGAUGUAGGUGGAUCGUCUGACCCUAAUUAAAAUCCACUACAUCCAUUUGCGCUCCGAUCACAUACCUGGCAAAGUCUUGCUCAGAUUUCAGAAAGUUUAUCACAACUAUUGAGAGAAUCACAAGCAGGUGGAAGGAAAAAACAGAAUGGAUUUUUUCAAACUUGAAGAACAAAAAUGUGAAAUGAACAAAAACUGUACUAGUCACAGUUCAAUUGCCCUUUGCCCCUUUGAAAGAAUGCUAACAUCUUCAGGUGCCUUCUUGACAUUUUGCCAAGUCUGUGCCAUCAGAAUGUAUACUGUAAUGUCUGCUUGGAACAAUUAAGUUUUGAAGAAAGUGGUCUUUGAAAGAUUCCAUUUAUCAACAGGAUAAUUCUUGCCGAUGUUGAAGAUAAAAUGUGUUCAGGAUUGAAACCAGGAGAUGUCUUCAUGAGACAGUUUACGAUCACGUCAUCUCUUGGAUCAACUAUAAAGUAUUGCCCUGCAAUAGUUGACAUUUUGUGGUGUUUUUAAAAUAUUAUAUGUGUUUAUCUCUGUGUCCUUUGUCUUUGAUUUGGUAAGGAGAUGGGAAGGGUCAUGGACCUCCACCACUCCUUUGUAAAUCUUAUUUUGCCAACUUAUAAAACCACUGUUCUCUUCACGCUUGUAGUAUAAACUUUCUGCUUCAGCCCAAGAACACAGAAGCCGUGAGACUACUGGAUUUGGAUUAUUUUUACAACUGAAUAACAGUAAUGGUGCAUAACAGGCCCCAUCCAUAAGGAGAGAAAUGUACAGAAAUUCAGAACAGUUUGUCUCGUAAGAAUGGUGCCCUCCUCUGUUACCGUUCUUCAGCAGUACUUGCCAGUUCAUGCAUUGUCCACUGUACAAAUGUUGACCAAAAUAAUGUAAAUUGAGUCUUUGCCCUAGACUUUUCAAGGAUAUAAGCAUUCUUGAAGUCAAACUUGUAGCUGUAUGAGCAUUUAGCAUGAUCUACGCUAACCCACAAAAUGCACUUACCAUCACCACAGAUCUGUUCUGCUAACAUAAACUGGAAUGUUUCUUCUAGGGGUAGACGGAGCUUGUAAAUUUUGACUCUGAAUGAGUUGAUUGGUUGUUGAAGACCUUUACAACUUGAUGUGUUGAAGAAAAAAAGUUAGCAGUUUUUUUCUGGCCAGUACAGUCCUCAAAUAAACACAUUGUUUUCAAGUAGUUGCAGUCUAAAUGUUAACUUUGCUAAACAAUUACGCACAUGUAAAAAUGGCAAUGUGUAUUUAUUUAUAAAAUGUAAAAACUUUAGGCUUUCUCUUUGUUUUUUAAGCUUAAUGGUGGUCCUGGUUACACAGGCCUCUGAUGAGCUUCCAUAGAAAUAUGUUAUGUACUUAUUGAUGAUAUCUUAGCAUAAAGUGUAGCAUCAAAUUUAACAUGUACAGAGUUAGACAAAUCAAAUGAAAAGUUGCCAGGAUAUUGGAAGGAAAUCUGUUUUAUAUGCCGUCGGUAUUUAGAAGCACUCAAAAGCCAAAAAUUAUUAUCAACUUGAAUUUCUGUCAGUAUCAGCCAUCAGAAAACAGGCAGUGUAUAUAGAACUUUUUAUUGAUUUGUGACUAUCAGAAAUGUUUUUUUUUUUGGCGACAAAGAAAGAAAUGCUUUGCUUCAAGUUGCAAUAAGCAAAUCAUGCAUGUUGAUAAUGAAUAAAGACAAAGUUCCUAAGGAAAAAUGAAAAUAUUUACUUCUGAAAAGAUUCCAGAAAAUAAGAGCCAUUCUAUCCAAUGUGAACUUAAUCUGCAGAUCUGUAUAUAUAGAUCAGAAAUUCACUGUAUUUUAGGUCUUUGUACUUAUUUUUCUAAAUCAAAGCUUCCACCUCAUUGAUAUCAUUAGCCUUAGGACCAAAGCAUGCAGCUGCCAAUAUAUACCCAGGUGUUUCUUAAAAAAAAUUCAAGGAGCAAAGAUGUCAACAUUCUUCAUGCAAGUCUGGCAUUGUAUGGUUGCAAUCACUUCGGUGAGCUUCUGAGUUUGUCUACAACUCAAGUCUUUCAAGGCGUGUAUGCUCACCAAAAUAUCACUAAGAGCAGAUCUCUGCAGUUUUCCUUGUGUCUGUAACAACAAAGAAAGCCCUACAGUCGACCAAUUCUGACCACUUCACCAUAAUCUUCCCACAGGCACCAUGGUCAAGGUAUGACGUAUCAACCCAACAGUUUCCGAAAUUCUUAGGGUUGUAAAUGAGCUUGAAAAAAUCUAAGAGUUGUCAUCUUCCAUGAGAAAUAAUUUAAUCUUUAUAGUCACGUACCGAGUAUUGAAUGUUUAUGUAUUGAUCAAUAUGUUGCGCACUUAUUGAAAUUUAUGCAGAGCGAUUGAUAUGUAUUAUAAUGAUAAACUAUCUGUGAAUAUAUUUUAAAUUCCAAAAAGAAAAUCUAUUGAACAGUAUAAAUAUGUAACAUUGGUAAGGGUCAAGUUGGUGACAAGUUUCAUGUUUCACUCUAAAGAAAAAGAAAAACAAAUCAAGGAU